GCGGGCGGCAGGCAGGCAGGCACGGUCUGCGCGAGGAGCAGGCGAGCGGGAAGACGAGACGCAGCCACCUUCCUCCCCAGCCAGCCCACCGCGGUUUGUUCCCUUCCUCGGGAGUGCGCCAAUGCCUGGUCCGACCCAAACGCUGUCCCCAAAUGGCGAGAACAACAACGACAUCAUCCAGGAUAACGGGACCAUCAUCCCUUUCCGGAAGCACACAGUGCGCGGGGAGCGUUCCUACAGUUGGGGAAUGGCGGUCAAUGUGUAUUCUACCUCGAUAACCCAAGAAACUAUGAGCAGACAUGACAUCAUCGCAUGGGUUAAUGACAUAGUAUCUUUAAACUACACAAAAGUGGAACAGCUUUGUUCAGGAGCUGCCUAUUGCCAGUUUAUGGACAUGCUCUUUCCAGGCUGCAUUAGUUUGAAGAAAGUAAAAUUUCAAGCAAAGUUGGAGCAUGAGUAUAUUCACAAUUUUAAGCUUCUGCAAGCGUCGUUUAAGCGAAUGAAUGUUGAUAAGGUGAUCCCAGUGGAGAAGCUGGUGAAAGGACGUUUCCAGGACAACCUGGAUUUCAUUCAGUGGUUUAAGAAAUUCUAUGAUGCUAACUAUGACGGGAAAGAGUAUGAUCCUGUAGAAGCACGGCAAGGGCAAGAUGCAAUCCCUCCCCCUGACCCUGGCGAACAGAUCUUCAACCUGCCGAAAAAGUCUCACCAUGCAAACUCCCCCACCGCAGGUGCGGCUAAAUCAAGCCCAGCGUCUAAGCCAGGAUCCACACCUUCUCGUCCCUCAUCAGCUAAAAGGGCUUCAUCCAGCAGCUCAGCAUCCAGAUCUGAUAAAGAUUUAGAAACACAGGUCAUACAGCUUAAUGAACAGGUACAUUCAUUAAAACUUGCCCUUGAAGGUGUGGAAAAGGAGAGAGAUUUCUACUUUGGCAAGUUGAGAGAGAUUGAGCUACUCUGCCAAGAACACGGGCAGGAAAAUGAUGACCUCGUGCAGCGACUAAUGGAAGUCCUCUAUGCUUCGGAAGAACACGAGGGUCACCCGGAAGAGCCUGAGGCAGAGGACCAAGUCCACGAACAGCAGCCCCAGCAGCAGGAAGAGUACUGAAGCAUCCUGGCAGCUCUCGCCUUCAGUUUUGCGUGGGAACUUUUCUUCUGGAGAAACGUGUGGCCUCAAGCUCAACAGAAACCAGUUGUUCCCAGUCUGCCAUUACCAUCAAUCAACACACUGUUGCAUAUGCCAGCCACUGCGCUCGGUUCCCAUUUCCUUUGCCAAGACCCAUUAGCAGCCGGCCGUUCGGCGGCCUACCUGAGAGAUCACGGGGUCACAUAUCUUCUACUUCACCACUUGGCUGCUUGAGAUUGAUUCUGCUCUUUUCAUUUCUUUCCAGAACAACUCUCCCCUCCCCACGACCACUACCACUACCACCACCACCACCCCCUUUUUAUCCCGGUGUGAAACAAUGGUAAUUUGAUAUAUGGUAUUUAUAUUGGCAUUUCUCAACCAGUGUCACUAGAUGUCACACAUUUGUGGUGCUUUGAUGUUUGCAAGUCUAACCUCUGAACAUAAAUUUGGUCAAAUAAUAAAUUGGAGCAAAGGGAAAGAGAUACUUGAUAUGAAAGCCAUAAGGACAGUAACUUGUUUUAUAGGGAAAAAGAGAUUCCCCCUCUCCUCCCAACAGUAAAGGGAAAAAAAAAAUGGAAUCAAAACUAGGACUUCAGGGCCCAGCGGUAUUUCUCCCUGACCAUGGUAGACCACCACCCAGUUAGUUUUGAAAGACAUCCACUCAAGGACAACACCAUCUCAACUUUGCCCUCAAACUGCUUGCCCCUUCCCUCCCCACCCCCCAGGUUCUCAUGCUAGUUUCUUUCUCAGGGUCCUCUUUGGUGGGCAGCCACUCUUCCCCACAGUCCAGAGGGGGUCUGCCUAGGUACAGGUCCUCCUGCCUCUCUCCGGGUUUCAGCCCACAGCCUGUCCUCCCCACUAGGGGACUCCUACUACAGAAUGACUUCAGGGUGUGCAGCCCUGAGGGUCCCAGCCCUCCGUCGUGCUGCACGCUCGCUGGAAGUGAAGACCUCCUUCCUAGGAGCAUCAUUCCAAGGGAGACUCCUGAUUCUGAAGUCUGGUGUUGACACUGGAAUGACAGCACAGAAAAAUCUAGGACUCCCAAUACCUUCUGGAAUAAGGAAUUUCCCCUCCUUGUCCUUGACCUUUGAUAACCGUGGCAAUUGCUAAAUAGAGGAAACAUUAAUGAAUUAAAAAGCAUUCCUUAUUUUUUUAACUAAUAUUUGCACAUUUUCUUAGUAUCUUUCCAAAUCUUCGCCUCUUCUAUUCCUUUGACAGAUGGUAUCCCUCCUGGAUCAUUCGUUUCACUUGGUUUCUAACUUUAGAUUUACUUCACUUGUUAUUUGACUUAGCAGGUGCAACAACAACAAACAAGUGUGCCCGCCCCCACUUGCCUCUUAACUGAAAAGCUUAAAAUAAAUUUCUGAAAUAUGUA